AGAACUAGCCUAAUGGAUGUACGUCAGCCUCCAGGACGCAUUGUGAUGUGGUUCAAGUAAGGCAGCAUAAUGACUGAAUAAUUGAAGAGUUCACUCCAAAAUGAGACAUUGCUGCAUUAGUCAAAGCUGGCAACUGCUGUUAUAAAAUGACUGUGAGCAUUAAAUUAAAGCACAUUAUAGGCUACUGGGUUACCAUUAGAGUUAUGGGUCUUUUUAUGUCUUACAAAACAGACCGAUUUUAUAGAGAUGACUCAGCGGCAAAUAUAUUUCAGAUUGUAUUUUUCCCCCAAAAGAGAUGUACUGGAUUUUGAUACAAUCUUAAUACAAUAUGUUGAACAAUGCUGAUACGGCAACGGAUUAGAAGAAUUGGGACAUAUCUGCAAUAAACAGAUAUUGGCUGAUAUAUCCGCUCUAACCAUAAUAUAUUAGACAAAACCAUUACAAUGUCAAACAUGAUAAAGUGAUCUAGUGUUAAAAUAGUUCAAAAAUCCCACUUGGAAAUAUUGUGAUUAUUGUACUGAUUAAUUAUUGAUGUGGAGUAACAGGUAUGAGGCAAAAAGAUGGAGGUAAACAUGGAAAUAAUGCAGGUGUUGGGUUAAAGAGUGUGCAGGAUUAGUAGGUGAAUCUUUCUUUUUCUAAGUCAAUCUUUUGUCACUUACUAUUUUAAGAUGAGAGUAAUAACUUUAACCUUGACGUAUUGUAAGGAUGCUUUGAAGGGAAGAAACUCAGGUGGCUGUUGGAAGUGGAGAGAGUGUACUGAAUGUUCACAGUAACAUAGUAAUAUGGCUGGUAAAAUAGCAUAAUGACAUAGAGAAAUAAUGUGUUAUAUGUUCUGAGCCUUUCUGAAAGUCUUUAAAUAGUUUUCUUUGAAAUGUUAAUCAUACUAAUCAUAAUCAAAUGUUCAUCAUACGUAUGUGUUUCUCAUCAUCAACGUCUGUGAUCAUGUUGUAAAUGACUCAUCGUUUUUGACUGUAAACACUGAUUCGUCAUAUUUCAGAAAUUGUUGUUCAAAAUCCCCCUCCCCCCCCCCCAAAAAAAGAAUAAAAAUCGGUUGGAUCAAGUUAGGGAAAAGAAAUCUGUGGGAAUCAAGAUCCUGAGAUAAGCGAGAGAUUGAGUUCUGACUGCUGGCAUGGGAAAGCAUAAGAGGCUGUGUGGGCUUUAAAAUGAUGACGCUCAGAGCUCUUCCCCCUGGAGAAUAAUGGUCUGAAAUGUGGAGAGGCUGAGCACACAGGAACGCACACAGAGCAACACGUCUUUUCCGGAGACACAAGCCAGCGGUGUCUCCCUGCCGUCCCUCUGUGCACACAGAAUGAAUAUUUUUUUCAAUUUGAGGGGGACCAUGGUGAGGCAAAUAGCAGAGGACAGACCUGUACCAGAUGGCGAGGCACCCGGAGGUGACUCCAGGUUGGAAAAUGAGCGCCCUCCUCCUGCUGCUCUGUCCUGGGAGGAAAGGAUGCUGAUGCUGACAGGAAAGCAUGGAAACCAGCAGAGAUUAAGACGCGCUUCCAAGAUGUCCUUAUUAUAGUUGCGUUUGCCAGCGUUAUGUGGCAGAAGACAGACAGUCGUGAGAAGCGGUGCUUACAGUGGUUUUUUAGACCAGGGGUUGUGAUGUAAGAGCAUCUGAAAACCGUUAGGGGAUUUGGCGCUAAUUAGAAAGAUGAAGGCACGAGGAAAAUCAAGUUUACACUCGACAGCCUCGGACUAAAAAUAACAAUUCAUCCUUCUUCCGCCAAGUAAUGUAGUUCUUUCAGACUAGCAAAACAAAGUUGUUGCUAAGCGACAACGAAGUAUCCCAGCAUGGGUGCCGGUUCGGGGCUCGCGCAUUGAUAUUUAAAUUAACUGUCAGGUGUGCGAAAAAUGACAACGGUUUCAAAGGCGUGUCAGCCAAUCAGCGCUGAGGACCGGGACUCGUUUUUUUCUCAUAAACCUAAAUAACCCACCACGCGAGUGUACAGAUGGCGAAGUAGUGGUAGAAAGCUAGCUUGUCCAGCUGCUGUGUUUGUAGCCAAGAGGAGCUACAGUGGAUUGAUUUGAUUUACCUGAACGCUUAAGAUAACUCUUGUUUUACCCCCUGGCCGCUGGAGUCCCCCCCCCCACCUUUUAUAUUAUAAGUGCCAUUUUUCAACGAUGACAGAGUUUUCGCAGGGGCGCGUUGAUGGGAAACAUCCGCUGUCACACAGACAAUGCUGUAUGGGCAGUGUAUGGAGGUUAUCUAAAGCCAGCCUAUGUUUACGAUGAUGGGACCUCGGUCAGACACGGGAAAACAGCCAGAGGCAGCCAUGAGCCAUCCACGCCGAUCAUCGAGUUCCCAUGGUGACAGGUCAUCCACCGAGACCCUUCAGAAGAACAACAGCAGCAACUCUGGCGUUAUUCUGGACAUCUCGGCUCUCAAGAUGGCGGAGGUGGAUACGGAGGUGCCCCCUCUUCCACCUCGCUAUCGCUUCAGGGAUUUGCUGCUGGGGGACCAGACAUUUCAGAAUGAUGACAGGUAUCAAGAGGAGUACAGUAUGGAUUCAACCAAUGCCCAGGUGCAGGUGGAGUUCUAUGUGAAUGAGAACACCUUCAAGGAGAGGCUGAAGCUUUUCUUCAUCAAAAACCAAAGGUCAAGCCUGAGAAUCCGCCUGUUCAACUUCUCACUGAAGAUCCUCACCUGUGCCCUCUACAUACUGAGAGUCAGCCUGGAUAACCCCCAGGUGGUCAACGGCAACUCAUGUGCAACAUGUCGGAACAACAGUGGGACAAAUACAACAGAGUCAGCAGAAAUCAACUGGGAGUUGAUUUUCUGGGUUAACAGACCAGUUCCUUUAUGGGCGAUACAGGUGACAGUGGCCUUAAUCAGUUUUUUGGAGACCAUGCUUAUCACAUAUCUCAGCUACAAGGGGAACAUUUGGGAGCAGAUAUUCCAGAUAUCCUUUAUAUUGGAGAUGAUCAACACAGUGCCAUUUAUAAUCACAAUCUUCUGGGAUCCAUUGAGAAACAUAUUUGUCCCUGUAUUUCUUAACUGCUGGCUAGCCAAAGGUGCCCUGGAGAACAUGAUUAAUGACUUCCAUCGAGCCAUCCAGAGGACCCACUCUGCCAUGUUCAACCAGGUGUUCAUCCUCAUCUGCACCUUACUGUGUCUGGUUUUCACCGGAGCUUGUGGGAUCCAGCAUCUAGAGAGAGCCGGGAAGCACCUGUCUCUGUUCGACUCGUUCUAUUUCUGCAUCGUCACCUUCUCCACUGUGGGCUAUGGCGACGUUACGCCACAAAUCUGGCCCUCCAAGCUGCUGGUAGUCAUUCUCAUCUGUGUCGCCCUGGUAGUGCUUCCAUUGCAGUUUGAAGAACUAGCCUACCUGUGGAUGGAGAGCCAGAAGUUAGGAGGAAACUACAGUCGUCACCGGGCGCAGACAGAGAAGCAUGUGGUGUUGUGUGUCAGCUCACUGAAGAUUGACCUGCUGAUGGAUUUCCUCAACGAGUUCUACGCUCAUCCCAGACUACAGGACUACUAUGUGGUGAUCCUGUGUCCAACUGAAAUAGACAUUCAGGUUCGCCGUAUCCUCCAAAUCCCGCUGUGGUCGCAGAGGGUCAUCUACCUUCAAGGAUCUGCCCUCAAAGACCAGGACCUGAUGAGGGCCAAGAUGGACGACGCUGAGGCCUGCUUCAUCCUCAGCAGCCGGAACGAGGUCGACCGAACCGCUGCUGAUCACCAGACUAUUUUGAGGGCUUGGGCUGCGAAAGACUUUGCUCCAAAUUGCCCUCUCUACGUCCAGAUUCUCAAACCAGAAAAUAAAUUCCAUGUUAAGUUUGCAGAUCACGUAGUAUGUGAAGAGGAGUUUAAAUAUGCCAUGUUGGCGCUGAACUGUGUUUGUCCAGCCACGUCUACCUUAGUCACACUCCUGGUUCACACCUCCAGAGGACAAGAGGGUCAGUUGUCACCAGAGCAGUGGCAGAGGACAUAUGGACGCUGCUCUGGAAACGAGGUCUACCACAUCCGCUUGUGUGACAGCAAGUUUUUUGGGGAGUAUGACGGAAAGAGUUUCACCUAUGCCUCCUUCCACGCCCAUAAGAAGUAUGGUGUGUGUUUGAUCGGAGUGAAGAAGGAGGACAACAAGAGCAUCCUCCUGAACCCCGGCCCCCGCCACAUCAUGGCCGCCCCUGACACCUGCUACUACAUCAACAUCACCAAGGAGGAGAACUCGGCCUUUAUCUUCAAACAGGAAGAGAAGCACAACAAGGGCCUGCCCGUCACUGGCCUUUACGACGCCCCCUCCAGGUUGCCCGUGCACAGCAUCAUCGCCAGCAUGGUUGAUCAGGCCACUGCAUAUGGUACUGUAGCGAUAGAUCUCCAGAACCCUGAUCCUCCCGAAGAAAGCAGCAAACUGACCUUGCCGACAGAGAACGGCGCGGGCAGCCGCAGGCCAAGCAUCGCACCUGUCCUUGAGAUUGCCGACUCCUCCGCCAUUCUGCCCUGCGACCUCCUCAGCGACCAAUCAGAGGAUGAGACCAACCAAUCGGAUGAGGAGGGCUCUGUAGGAUCUGAUUUUGUGAAGGGCUAUCCUCCAAACUCACCGUACAUUGGCAGCUCUCCAACUCUGUGCCAUCUCCUACCACAGAAAGCUCCAUUCUGCUGCCUUCGCCUCGACAAGGGCUGCACACAUAGCAGCUUUGAGGAUGCCAAGGCAUACGGCUUCAAGAAUAAGCUGAUUAUAGUGUCCGCAGAGACAGCGGGAAAUGGUCUGUACAACUUCAUUGUCCCUCUCCGUGCUUACUAUCGACCCAGGAAGGAGCUCAACCCCAUAGUGCUGCUGCUGGACAACCCGCCAGACAACCACUUCUUAGAGGCCAUUUGCUGCUUUCCAAUGGUUUACUUCAUGGCUGGCACUAUUGAUAACCUGGACAACCUGCUACAGUGUGGCAUAAUCUACGCCGACAACUUGGUGGUUGUGGACAAGGAGAGCACCAUGAGCGCUGAGGAGGACUACAUGGCAGACGCCAAGACCAUCGUCAAUGUCCAGACUAUGUUCAGGUUGUUCCCCAGCCUCAGCAUCAUCACAGAGCUCACACACCCGUCCAACAUGAGGUUCAUGCAGUUCAGAGCCAAGGACUGCUACUCACUCGCACUCUCCAAACUGGAAAAGAUAGAGCGUGAUAAGGGCUCCAACUUGGCCUUCAUGUUCCGGCUGCCUUUUGCUGCAGGCAGGGUGUUCAGUAUCAGCAUGUUGGAUACACUGCUUUACCAGUCGUUUGUUAAGGACUAUAUGAUCGCUAUUGCGAGGCUUCUUCUUGGUCUGGACACCACGCCUGGCUCUGGAUACCUGUGUGCUAUGAAGAUCACAGAGGAGGACUUGUGGAUCAGGACUUACGGCAGACUCUUCCAGAAGCUUUGUUCCUCCAGCGCUGAGAUCCCCAUAGGGAUCUACCGCACGGAGUCGCACAUGUUCUCAACAUCAGAGUGCAAGGACAGUUACGCACAGUCUCAGGUGUCCAUCAACGUCGAGCAGGGCAUGGAGCAUCGCGAGCGCGGAGAGUCCUGGAAGGAGAAGACGGCCCACAGAAACUCCACAACGAGUGACCAAUCAGAGCACCCGCUGCUGAGGAAGAAGAGCAUGCAGUGGGCACGGCGGCUGAGCAGGAAGGCCAACAAACCGUCUAGCAGAGCGGAGCGUAUCUCGCAGCAGAGACUCAACCUGUACCGGCGGUCUGAGCGUCAGGAGUUGUCUGAGCUGGUCAAGAAUCGCAUGAAGCACCUGGGUCUGCCCACCGUGGGAUAUGGAAGAACCCCAAAAGCUCAAGAUCUUCUUAAGAACCAUGAAAAGGAUGUUUCUAAUCUCACUGCGAGCGAUGUCAUGAAUCGAGUAAAUCUAGGAUAUUUGCAAGAGUUGCAGGACAUUUCAGAGCAUCCGUAUACAGAGGGGACCAGGCCGUCAGACGAGAUGAACGACCACCAGAACACACUGUCCUACGUCCUCAUCAAUCCUCCUCCUGACACCAUGCUGGAGCUCAACGACAUUGUAUACAUUAUCCGGUCCGAUCCGCUGGCACACAUGCCAGAGGACUCGCAGGGGGGUCAGGCCCGCCCCACCACCAAGAACCAGCAGGAGUUUGGCACAGAGACGAGGGACGAGACUCACCUCUGAACCCCCCCUCGACACCCUGACCCUUAACGUCUAAGCCCCACCUGGGCCGACAGAGCUCGUUUGUCUCACAAAGAUGAAGGCUUGUCUCGGGCCAAGAACAGCAGUCCAUAGUGAAUGUGCAUUAUGUGUCUCUCAGCGUCCGACCAGAAUUAGUCAACAUUUAAACAGACAGCCCUGAGAGAGAGCUGCUGAUCCCCAUUGAGCUGCUACAGGAGGACGCAUGAAGAGUGCCUCGUCAUCGACUCCGACUCCGACUCCUCUCACGCGUCUACUGUACCCUAACACACCUCAACCCUCAAAACCUUCUGAAACCAAGAACCCGGCACUGGAAACGGCUCCCUCCCUCCAACCAAAGGACUGAGAGAUUUGAUCAAUGUGAGAGGUCAGCGACGGCCAGGAGAGGGGUUUUUUCGUGCACAUACUGUACAGGAUAUCACAUCACCAUUUCACUCAGGAGUGAAGUUGCCCUCGUGCCACGACUCAGACCGACUUCCUCUAUGCCUGUUUCUACCUAAACCCACGAAAAAAAAAAGAAUCUUGGGGCAACUACACCAUCCUUCGCUACGAAUCUCAAGCAAUCAAAGCAUUUACCACGAAAUUCCAGUACAUGUGCACUUUUCUUAAUUUAUUACAAAUGUUGUCUCUUUCUAAUCAGACAGGAGUUUAAGUUUCUUUAUGAGCACAAACUUUUUUACGACAUCUGUGAAUAUGCACACCGUAGUGGCACUUUUAUCAGCCGUAUUAGAAUAAUCCGCAUUUCUCUCUCAAUUAUGUUGUGUCGAAAACUGAUUUUCGUUGUGUUUAUAUUUAAAGGUUGAAUAUUUUUUAUUUAUUUCUCCAUUUUAAGUGUACCAAAUAAUGUCUGCUACAAUGUGUGCCAUUCUUUUGUUUACUCUCUUGCUUUGUAAAUACCUUUGAAAAUUAUUUGUGCAUCAUGUGCCAUUUUGCAUCUAUUUUAUGAUAUCAGUGUUAUUUUUAUUUUAUUAUGUUAUUUUAGAGCCUGACAGGGACAUUGGCUGGGCCAACAUUAUCAUUAGCUCAUCAAAGAUGUGUCAGCCAAUAUGUAACAAGACAUUUUCGUUCGCUCACUAAAAAAAAGAGUGUCAGUAAAUGAAGACUACAUUAAUCAUCGUCAAAGUAUCAAAAAUGAAUUUAGUUUAAGUAAUGUCUUAUAAUUCAGUAUAGUUUACAGUAUUUCUCAAGUGUUAUAACAUUUUUAUGGAAACAGGAGCAAACGGCUAGUAAUUAACAUCGUUUGCUUAAUCCAUACAAAAACCUGUAAAUCACAGAAUGACGUGUUUGUAUCAGUGGAUUAAAUAAACUAUAAAGUGUUGCUUAGUGACCGUCAGAGGGGCUCCUCGCUGCGGCUUCAUUUGACAGAAAUGAGAGCGGUAUCGAUCAUCUCAUCUAACUUUUAGGAAGUAGAAGUGUUUAUUCCAAAUUGUCAAACUAUUACUUUGAGGUAUCCUUAUCAGGAAUAUUGUUUUCACUCAAAUAUCCGUAUUGGCCCCAAAAGUCAGGCUCUAGUAACUUUAAUUCCUUUGAAGCUGAUGGUAAAUAUUUAUUGUGACGCUCCACUUUCAUAACUCUUUUAGGAGUUGCAGUAUUACUGGUUACAGAACCGUUUUGCACAGGCUGCCACCGUACAGUCAAUUUCUAAAUCAAUUUGGAACGUACUUGAGCUGAAGACGAAGUGCUCUCCUCUUUAAAUUGUACCGGCCACACCUUGUGUAUAAGGCAGAGUCAGAGUGCAGUAUUAUUUCCUCUUGGUUUAUCAUUCCUCAGCAGCGUGUUCAGUUCAAUCACUGUAAAUAGUAACUUCUCUUUGUUCUUUUGUUUCGGUCUCUUCUGUGUGAAGAAAGAGGACUUGAACUAUUUUUGCACUAAGCUCUGCGAGGAUGACGAGAGCAUAACAGCAUGACCCUUUAAUCUGAAUCUGUACAACGCGGUGGACAGAAUUCAGCUAUUCUUGUGAAGCAAAUACAGUCAAAUGUGCAGUAACAUGUCAUGCAUUUUGUCGUUUUGAUUUAUUCAGGUGUCUGAAAAGCUUAUUUUGGUGAGUGCCAUUCUUGUUAAAGAAAUAUGAAGUGAUAGUAACGAUGAUGUAAUCUCAGAUGGAUUGUUUCCUGUUUGAGAUCUUUUGUUUUUUUGUUAUAAAGAAUCAGCAUAAGCUUUUUUUUUUUUGCACAGAUUCCCAUUUGAAAUGUACUGUUGAUCUUUGCUCAGCGGGCCCCUCAGAGGUGUCAGUUUACAGGGCAGGAGAGCCGAGGAGGGAAAGUGUGAGCGACCACAAUGAGGGUACGAUCGGUGUUCAGAUCCAUUCAUUUAACAUCGUCCUCACUUUCUGACCAAUCACACUCCGAGGAGUUCACUUCAAACCUCCUACUGUCCAUACUUACAAUAACACAAGGGGCAUGUAAACACUAAACAGCAUGUUUUGAUAUACAAGCUUGCCAAGAAUGAUAAUUUUGUACAUUUAGCAGGACAUUUUAGUGACACUUAGUCCCGUGGCUAGAGAACCCAUAAUCAAGUCAACUGCUUGCAAGUUGGAGCCAUUAUUUGAUACUGUGUAUUUAUAUGAAUGGAACAUGCAUGUUGUCUAGGUGUUAUCAACAGCCUACGUAUUCUGUUUACCUCCACUUUAUGUUUUUAAGGCAUUGUCUCAAAAGGGUUGAUCCAUUUUGUACUAUUUCUUAUGAGAUGCGAGUGUACUUCUCGACAUAAAAAAUAUGAACAAAUAAAUGCUGCAUGCAGCCAGAUAAAACGA